UAUAUUUUAAUGCUCAUUCAUUCUAAGCAGAUGCACUGAUGCAAUAUCAGAGAUUCACCUCUUUCAAAGAAAACACAAAUCAAUUGGACAUCUAUGGCAGAUCGACAAGGGAUCGACAAUCCAAUUUCUCAGACUCACAAUGGCGCAAAAGGAUCAAAUGUGACCGGGGAGACUAAGAAUGAGAGUGGGUCAAGGGUCCAUAAGGAAGAGACACAUGGAAAGAGCGAUGACAUCGAUCAGAACACUCCAGUUGAUGAAGUCAAAGGUCCAAGUGUUGUUCAACGCGUGAAGGAAGAGGUUGAAGCUGUGGUCGGAGCAGUAGUUCACCCCAAUAAAUAGUACUGAUGCUUCUUGAUUAUAGGAAUGGUGAUAGUUAUUUCAUCUCCUCGAUGAGUAACAUCGUUUUGUAUCCUUGAUGCUCUAUGCUUGAAUCUCUUGGAUUUGGUUGACUAAUCUGCAUUUGGAGUUUUGGCCUUGUU